CGCACACACACACACUCGCGCUCUCUAUUACGCGCAUACAUUGUCCUCCUUGGGCAAGCUAACGGGGAGGUGUUAACUACUUUGACUUGUGGUUAUCCUCGGUGCUGCGGCGUGCGGGUCACCGCCACUGUCAUUGGGCGAAAAGUUUUGGGUUUGUUGUGGGGAUAAAAAAAAAAAGGAGCCGGAAACCGAGGAGGGUUCCACAGAAGUAGUGGAUUCUCCCAUGAAGAGUUUGACCAGAGGAAGAUGAGGAACCGACUGUAAGCACUUUCAACACCCAUCGGGCUUUGGCAACCCUCCCGACGCCACAGAGAGCCAACCGCCCCGCUCGACUCACAGCUCUUGUCUGAGACGCUUUUCCAAGGAGGCCGUGUUGAGCUUCUCCGAGGAGGAAGCAGUUCUUCCAAAAUUCUUCUCGACCGCCCUCAUCCGUUUCGACAUGGACCUCCACAGAGCAGCGUUCAAGAUGGAGAGUUCCUCCUACCUGCCGAAUCCCCUGGCCUCGCCCGCCCUCAUGGUCCUGGCCUCCACCGCCGAAGCUUCUCGCGACGCUUCCAUCCCCUGCCAGCAACCGCGCCCGUUUGGUGUGCCCGUUUCCGUGGAGAAAGACGUUCACUUGCCGUUUAACAAUGGUUCUUACACCUUUGCGUCAAUGUACCAUCGCCAAGGCGGCGUCCCGCCGGGUUUCCCCAACAGGGACUUUCCUCCAUCCCUCCUCCACCUCCAUCAUCAGUUUGCUCCGCCCAAUCUGGACUGCUCGCCAAUCAGCAUGCUGAAUCACAGCGGCGUCGGGGCCUUCAGGCCCUUUGCUUCUCCUCCCGAGGAUCGAGACGGCGCGCCGGGCGGCUAUCAGUCCGCUUUCACGCCGGCCAAGCGCCUGAAAGGCUGCCUGGACGCGGAAGCUUCCCCCCACCUCCGUUAUUCUGAUGCCGAGGGGAAAGAAUAUGACUUUGGCGGUGCCCAGAUCCCACCCGGGAGCUCGCCCAGCAGCGCCUUGAAGGCCGUCGAGGACAGCGGAAAGAAGAUCUUUGCUGUGUCCGGCCUUCUUUCAGACCGCGAGACUUCAUCCAGCCCCGAGGACCGCCUUGAGCGCUGUAAGAAGAAAAUGUCACUGUACGACAGCCAGGCUCCAAUCUGCCCCAUCUGCCAAGUGCUGCUCAGGCCCGGCGAGCUCCAAGAACACAUGGAAACAGAGAUCGAAAGACUUGCCAACAUGUGCCUUAGCAGUAAAAUUCCUUCACCCAAGGAUGGGCCAGUCACUCCAGGAACUCCCAAGUCAAUGCUGUUAUCGGUGCACAUCAAGCGUGAGGGAGAGUCUCCGGUGGCCUCACCGUUGUCAUCAGAAGAUGCCCACCACUCGGACAGAUACCAGACAUUUUUACGAGUUCGUGCUAACAGACAAACACGGCUGAAUGCCCGUAUAGGCAAGAUGAAGAGGAGGAAGCCUGAGGAUGGGGGCCAGGUAUGUCCGCUGUGCAGUGCCCCGUUGGCCGGGAGCGAGGAGGAGAUGAGUAGACAUGUGGAACAAUGCCUCAUCCAGCGUGAGGGUGCGCUCGGCGACGACGACUCCGCCGAUCUGGACGGCGACAGUGGGCGCGGCUUUGAGGAGUACGAGUGGGCGGGACAGAAGAGGAUCAGAGCAACCGCACUUUUGGAGGGAGGCUUCAGAGCCACCGGUUUUGCUACAUGUAGUAUCAAAGAGAGCGGGGCAGACAGCGACGCAGACCUCGACGUGGAUGGAGACGACACGUUGGAGUAUGGCAAAGCGCAGUACACCGAGGCUGACAUCAUUCCAUGCUCUGGAGCUGGAGAGGACCAAGGAGAAGCCAGAGAGCGGGAGGCACUACGGGGGGCCGUGCUCAACGGAGGCGUGCCCUCCAACAGAAUAACGCCCGAGUUCUCCAAAUGGGCGAGCGAUGAGAUGCCUUCAACGAGCAAUGGCGAAAGCUGCAAAAUGGACCCAAGCGCUCCCUCGUCCUCCACUCCGUCUUCCGCCUCCUGCGUCCCACGCACCUGUAAAAACAGCGAGAUUGAAAAAGUAACAGAGGACGAGUCCACGGCGACCACCAUGGAGGCUCUGAAGGCUCGAAUCAGAGAGUUGGAGAAGCAGAUACUGAGAGGGGACCGCUACAAGUGUCUCAUCUGCAUGAGGAAGCCCGCAAUCCAGUCAGGUGUGGAAAUCAAGAGACUAGGGGCAUGGCCAGGGCCCCGCCCUUUGGCCGGUGAGCUCAGAGAGAGGCAGCCUAAGUCCCUCCCCCUUGGCUUGUACUACCUGUACAGGGGCCUUGUGAUUGGUGGCUACGGCGGCAGCAUAAAGAGGCUCCUCCCGCAGCCUCUACGGAGGGACUCCUACACGAUGCCACUCACCUCCAUACAGUGCUGGCAUGUCCACUGUGAAGAAUGCUGGCUCAGGACUCUGGGGAACAAGAAGCUGUGCCCUCAGUGCAACACCAUCACCUCUCCCGGAGACCUACGACGCGUCUACUUGUAAAGAGCCCGCCUCCGAGCCUCAGCCACCACCGUGGAGUUCAUUCUCGUUGUCGUUUUGUUUCCCCGCCCCGGCAAUUCUGUGGACCAGGUUGUCGGUGCCAAACCUUAGGAAAAAGAAAGUUAUGGGAAUUGAAGUGGCUCGAAUGAACGAUUGACAUGAGCAGCGCUCACUGUCUGUUGCUGCCACAAUAACACUGGGGAGGGAAGGGGAGGGGGGGCUGGACAUUCCUCCACAAUAUUGCGUGUCAUCUAUUGAUGUCCUGUUAGCCAGCAGACAUCCUGACACGUGUGACUCACCCACAUUUGUCCUGCUGAGAACUUUGAGCUCCACCGGAGCUGGACAUGUUAGCAAAUUCUGAACGAGCCGACCUCCAAGACUGGAAUCAUGUGCCCUGACUCUUUUUCAACAUCCCAGUGGACUCCACUCAACUUGAUGGAAAACUUUUUGUUGUUGUUUGUUGUUGUUGGUUUCCCUUAUUAUAUGCAGAAAGAAAACUCGAGAAGAGGCCUGUCCGUGACAGCUGAGCUUUCUGACCAACUGAGAAGAAUCUCCCAGUCAUUUCCCUGAGGUGGACUCCUCCCUGACCUCUUGUCCAACAUAAACCCCUUUUUGGUUUCUUCAGGGAAAAAAAAAAAAAAAUCCCCGCCCAUUCAAGAUGCAGUCCAAGCACAUGUCAUUACAGUUGUGUACGUUUACAAAGUUAAGAGUUUCAACAAUAUGGAGUACACGCACGCACACAACACAAAUGCAUACAGGUGGACACAUAAACGAGUGUACAAUAUUUAAGUUGUGUUUUUCGUCAGAAGGGUCUAGGUAACAAAAAAAAACGGCUGAAAUUAAAAGAAGCCUUCUGUAUUUUCCAAAACAAGAUGGUUUGAAGAUGCUCAUUGUACAGAAAAAAAAAGACGACUCAAAAAUAGCUGGUCAAGAUUUAGGUGUACUUUGACAGAAUACCUCCCGGUAAUUGAGUGUAGCGCUUAAAAAAAAAAAAAGAGGCAAGUGAUGAUCUUCUGUUUGUUUUUCUGGUUGGGAGGGAUUCCGACGUCCCAAGACUUCCAAGUUCAUGUCAAGCAAGCAGAGCGGUGGAACGAAGCUGCUGCUUUUUGCUCCCAAUACUCUUUUCACUUUGAGAAUAGCUGCGGAUCCUUCCUUACGUUUUAACCGAAUGACUCUCUGACAACAAAAGUCAUUUUCCUUCAUUCUCAUACUGCUUGCCGCAACGGUCAAAAAAGGACAACCAGACUUUUCCAGCUCAUUGAGAGGAAGCCUCUGGAAAAAUGCAGUGUGGCCCGUGCUGAACCGGCCACAACCCCGCAGCUUAACCCCCCCACCACUUGUCCUCCGACGGCAGCAGCCGAGGUGGUGGUGCGCUUUGUGUUUGUAAAACUAUGUAUUCUGUGGUGUCUGUAUUGUUGGUAAAAAUGCUGAGGAAAAAAAAAAAAAACAAAAUAAAACAUUCUUAAGUAACACGAGUGGUCCUGUUGACAAACCCUGGGUCAUCAUAUAUGAAGAAGAGAAAAAAAAUUCAGUUUGUGAACAUUUUAAUAGGAUUUGGAAGCUUCAUUGUGACAAAUCUGAUCAAUCCACUGUGCCACCAUGGAAACGCACCUUUGCCCCGUAUCACCACGACACCUGGAACAAGUGGGCACGAGGCAAUUCCUCGAAUGAGCUCAUCCCCACUGUUGAAUUUUUUUUUUUUUGUCUCUUCACUCCGUAUCUGACAACCUCCCAGAACACUUUAAUCGCAGAGAGUAACCCGGAUCUCAUGUGCCAUUCCUGGCUCUGUUGAUGGAUUCAAAUCUGCCCCAAAGAUGACAAAUUGCACAAAAUGAAUUAUGUCACAAUUAUUUUGUGUCUUGUAUAUUCUUGGAAAUGAUACGUUUUUCCCGUUUGUAAAUUACAUUUGACAUUAAUUAAAUGAUUGUAAAUCUCA